AUGAUCGACAAGAACACGCACGAGAUCCGCCAAGACGAAGACAAGACGGUGUACAAGUCUCUCGAGGAGCUUGCCGAGGAUCUACCGGACCACUCCCCACGCUAUGUUCUGCUGAGCUACCCCCUCACCAUGGCCGACGGCCGGACAUCGGUGCCUUACGUCAUGCUCUACUACCUUCCCGACACCUGCAACGCCGCCGUCCGAAUGCUCUACGCCGGCGCCAAGGAGCUGAUGCGGAACACGAGCGAGGUCGGAAGGAUUUUCGACAUCGAGUCGGUCGACGACCUCGAGCAGCUUCCGACGCGGCUGGCAUCCGAGUGA